CAAUCUCUCCUCUCGCUCACUCUAACCAGCUAUCCCUCCCCCUCCUCUCUCCCUCCCUCUCUCUCUCUCCCUGGGUUUCUAUCUCUCUCUCUCUCGGUUUCUCUCUCACCACCUGUUAGUUCAGACCCCCGUGCAUUGAGAUAGACUUGUUUAUGAGGGAAGCUUUCACACUCUCGCAAUCAGAGCUCUAUGACGUUGCGUAAAGGAAAGAAACUCAGCAUCACCAUCCAGGAACACAUGGCCAUUGACGUCUGCCCUGGCCCCAUCCGACCUAUCAGAACAAUCUCUGCCUACUUCCCCCGCCUGUCCCCCACCUCUGAGCCCCUCUCCCCCAAACCCACUGGCUCCCCAUUAGUCCUCAGUCCUGGGGGCGCGGCCAGCGGGAUGGGGGGUGGCGGCAGGGGAGGACUCUUGACGCCAUUGCUGCCGGGGGCGAUGGGAGGGGGCGGGUCUUUGUCGUUACAGAGCAGCAUGGACACGUCUGUGGAGAUCAACAGUUCUGACAGUGACGACUUCACUGCUUUGGGAACACUGGAGUUUGAUUUGUGGUACGAGCGAGCCUCCAGUAAGCUACACUGCACUAUCCUCAGGGCCAAGGGUCUGAAGCCUAUGGAUUUUAAUGGCCUAGCAGACCCCUAUGUCAAACUGCACCUUCUUCCCGGGGCCUGCAAGGCUAACAAGUUGAAGACAAAGAUAGUGCGGAAUACUCUGAAUCCGGUGUGGAAUGAAAUGCUUACCUAUGUUGGGAUCACAGAGGAGGACAUGCAUAGAAAGACACUCAGGUUGUCAGUGUGUGAUGAGGAUAAAUUGACUCAUAAUGAGUUCAUCGGGGAGUCUCGCGUUCCCCUGAAGCGCGUCAAGCCAGACCAGACCAAACACUUCCACACCUGUCUGGAACACCCACCCCCACUCCCCUCUCCAACCACCAUGGGGACAGCCCUCCGAGGAAUCUCCUGCUACUUAAGAGAGCAGUGGGAGAACGAGCAGCUCCACAGUCUGGAGGAGAGGGGCCGGGUGCUCCUCUCCCUGCAGUUCCUUCCCCCGCUAGACGAGGGCGAGGGAGGAGGAGGGGGGCGAAGAGGAGAGGGGCUGUGUGUCGGGGUGCAGCGCUGCGCUCACCUGGCCGCCAUGGACGUCAACGGCUUCUCAGACCCCUAUGUCAAAACAUAUCUGAAGCCCGACACACAGAAGAAAUCCAAACACAAAACGGCUGUGAUUAAAAAGACCCUUAACCCUGAAUUCAAUGAGGAGUUCUUUUAUGAGAUCUCCAUGUCAGAGCUGUCCAAUAAGACUCUGGAGGUCACUGUCUGGGACUACGACUUGGGACGCUCCAAUGACUUCAUAGGUGGAGUGUGCCUGAGCUGUCACUCACAGGGAGACCCCCUCCGCCAUUGGAUGGACUGCCUUAAGAACAAGGGUCAGAGGGUGGAGCGCUGGCACAUACUGACCAAUGAGCUCCCAAGAUCCGUAAGUCAUGAGUAAGGCCACACAUCUACUGAGACACAAGGCUCAGUCCCAAUUCUUCACCCUUCUCCCUAUGUUGCACACUUCCAGUCUUUAAUAUGUCAACGGUGGAUACUCCUUCAAGGCAGGUGUGAAUCGGGAUACAGAUCAAAUCCUCCCCCUAGCCCCCUACCACCUAGGAAUUCCUAGAGAUCUGAGGGGAUUGGAUAGAUCAAAAAUAUUGAGGAAAUUCCACCUAGCUUAUCAGAACGCAAGGGGGAAGCCACGACCAUAUUGAUCUGGAUCCGAUUUAAACCUUUCAGAUCUACUGUAGUGCCUAGGUGGUAGGGGGUAUGGGUCGAUUUGGAUCUCAGCGAACAUGAAGCAUAUCUAGGCUCUCUCUAGAGCCCUGUUUAUACCUGGUUCUAACAUGCAUCCCUCUUCCUGAUAUUUCCCUGAUCUUGUCUGUUUACACUUAGAAGAUCUGAUCCCAAUCAGAUAGCAAUGCGUCUUUUAAUCGUCUACACCUGUCUACAAUUGUGGGCACAAUCCAAAUGUGAGCACCAGGUAUAAAUGGGGAUGACUUGCCACAAGAUGGGAUGCACUACCGGUAUGUUCCUAUGUCUAUAAGGGUGAUACAAACCAACACACCAUAACACACCAUGGAGAAAAUGCAUGCUGACUAUAAGUCAUUUACACUACAAGGCCUGGAUGUUCUUAAGCACAACUCCUUUAUGCUAUGGAAUAGACUAGUGGUGGUGUAGAUGAUCCCUUCAAGUUAGAUUAGAGUUUCUUUGAUUAUUUGGAUCAGCUGAGUAGUGCUCAGGCAAAAACCAAAAUGUGCACCCCUUGGGGUCCAGAGGAGUUAGAUGGAGAUGUUUGUCAGUGGGAUGGGGAAUGCGGUUCUGGUUGCCUUAUGGCCUCUUGUCACUAAAUGUUGACAUACACAACUCAACAUUAUACCUCCAAUUUUAUCUGAUUUCAUCUGCAUGUUUUAGUCUACGGGCCUUUUUACUUCUCUUGUUCAGCUGAUUUGAUUGAUUUCCAUAUCUUUCAUGGUUAUUUUAAUAACAAAUUGAUGUCUAUGUUGGUAAUAAUAUGCCUAUGAUACACAAAUACCUAACAUCAGAUAUCCUGUUUGUAUUGUUGACAUUUUAACCCAAAUGGAACCCUAUUCCCUACAUAACCCUAUGGGCCUUGGUCAAAAGUAGUCCACUACAUAGGGAAUAGGGGGCCAUUUGGGAUGAACACAUUCACUGCAUCCAAAACAUGACAUACACUGAUACUAUUAUGAAUACAGAAGUUCUUCCAUGUUGUUGCAUGAUGCAAUACAGUAUUGACAAAAAAAAGUUGUCCCCUCUCUAAUAUAACUGUCCCCAGUCCCCAAAAAAGUAUUUGAUCAAAAAAGUAUUAUUAUUAUUACUUGAUUUAUUAUUGAGGUGAUUUCCCUGUAUUGUUAUUUUUGUUUUCUGUCAUGUUUCUUAUAUUUGUCUCUUAAUGCACGACUGAAUGUGUGAAUGUGGGUUUUUACUGACUUUUCAAUGGCUGUAUACGAUUAUCUUGUUGUGCUUUUAACAAUUGUUGUUCUUACAUUUAUAUCAGGUGUUUUGUGUACAAUAUGAAAAUACAUUUGGAAUGCACUACUGUAUAA